GCUUCCGUCCGUCGGGAGUGACAUGGCGGCGGCGGCGGCCGCCUUCACCUCUUCUUCCUCCGCGUUGCGCUCGGGCUUGGCGCCGCUGAGGAGGUGGCGAGCGCUCUGCUGCCCGGAGCCCCUGGCCGCCUACAGCACUAGCAGCUCCCCUCGCCGAGCCGCCAGUGAUGAAGCAACCGUUAUCUCAGGGACAAAGCUUGCUCAACAAGUUUUGAAAGAAGUUCAAAGGGAUGUAGAAUUGUGGGUAUCCUUUGGAAACAAGAGACCUCAUCUCACUGUCAUACUAGUAGGAGACAAUCCAGCCAGUCAUAUCUAUGUCAGAAACAAGAUAAAAGCAGCUACAGCAGUAGGCAUUUCUAGUGAGAUCAUACUGAGGCCUAAAGACAUUUCGCAGGAAGAACUCUUAGAUAUGACUGUAAAACUCAACAAGAAUUCAAGAGUUAGUGGUUUGUUAGUUCAGUUACCUCUCCCAGAUCACAUCGAGGAGAGAGCUGUUUGUAAUGCUAUCGCUCCUGAAAAGGAUGUGGAUGGAUUUCACAUUAUGAACAUUGGACGCCUGUGUCUUGACCAGCCUUCUAUAAUACCCGCCACUGCUGCUGCCGUUUGGGAGAUCAUCAAACGGACAGGAAUACAGACAUUUGGGAAAAAUGUUGUAGUAGCUGGAAGAUCCAAGAAUGUUGGAAUGCCCAUUUCAAUGCUUUUACAUACUGAUGGAGAGCACGAAAGGCCUGGAGGUGAUGCUACAGUGACCAUCACUCACAGAUACACACCAAAAGAGCAGCUUAAGAUCCAUACGCAACUUGCUGACAUUGUAAUUGUAGCUGCAGGUAUCCCAAAGUUGAUUACAGCAGAUAUGGUCAAAGAAGGUGCGGCUGUGAUUGAUGUAGGCAUCAACCAUAUCCAUGACCCCCUUACAGGAAAGACCAAGCUAGUUGGGGACGUGGACUUUGAAGUAGACUAUACUGAGCAACCAAAGCUCAUGAAGCUUAUGCAGACUUGUCUUGAAGAACACCACAGCUAUUGUAUCAAUGGGCUCUGUGCUUUCCACAGCGAGUUGAGGAAACCCAUAUGCAAGUGCCUCGCAGGCUAUAAUGGUGAGAGGUGUGAACAUUUAACACUAAAUUCGUAUGCACACAAUUCUUACGAACGCUACAUUGCUGUGGGAAUUGGUGUGGGAAUACUGACGAGUGGGAUACUUGCUGUCAUCUACUGCUAUGUAAGAAAGAGAUGCAGAAAAUUGAAAUCCCCUUACAGUGUUUGUAUGGGCGAGACAACAUUGUGAAGACGUGGCAUUGGGACGCUUCCCAAUUUGCCUGUAAAGGAGAAGAAGUCCUGCUGGGAAGGCCACCACAUGCCAGCUGGCAGAUACCCCAGCCUUGCUGAUGGGAGAGCAUGAAGGGAAUGACAGGGCGAGUACAUGAAAGGAACUCCUGCAGAACCGAUGGGCUCCGUUCACACGUGAAGAAAGACUUCCUCCUUCGUAAAGGUUGCUAGAUGACCAGGUUCAAAAAGCUAAGGAUACUUGUAGCCCUCAACGAUCUCCUGUGGGUGGUAUUUAUUGAGGCGAGGACUUCUUGGUUUUAUCUGUUUUCAGUCAUUUCAAGCUCUGGUACAGUGUUCUGCUCUGGCCUUUUCUGUUAGGUUGUUUUUUUGUUUGUUGGGUUUUUUUAGUCCCCUUCUUUUCUCCUCCUGUGGAGGAAAAGCACAAUCCAUCUCACAGUGGAGAUGGAUUCUGAACCUCAUGCACUGACAAGACACUGUUUGGGUUCCGAUUUCAGUGUCUGCUGUCUAUGUGUGUGGAUAAACAGGCCCUUUUCCAACACAGCAGAUACCUUUAGUGUGCUAAACAAAGUUUAGACCUUUGCUGCCAUCAAGGACAGAACCAUAAAAUGCUUUGGACUGAGCAAAAUGGAUGGUUCUCAAAAGCUUACUUCAAUUUAGGAGUAAAGAGUAAGCACUUUUCAGAAAAUCAUGUCAUGACACCUCUGGGCAUGGCAAGUUCUUACCGUUUUCACAAGCAGAGGAUUUGGGCAUUUUUGUCAAAAUGGAUUAUUGAAGGUGCUCAUGGCAAAGAACUUUACUCUUUCCUAACAUCUUAAAGCAGUUCAUCACAUCUUCAGGCCGAACAUGACCUUGCUGCAUGCUGAUUUCAGCACAAGACUUCAGCUGGUAGAGAACCUGAAAUGUUGGUGUUUAAAUAUGGCUUUGCACAGGAAACGGACUCUCUUCCUUCUGUUCUCACACUAUGGGCACAAUGUGACCACUCAAAUAAGAAACAAACGUGGAUUUUCUUUGACCCUGGACAAAGAGAUUACACGUAAGAUGCUUAGUUUUCUGGGUCUUUUCUAUGAAGAAUUGCAAAGGUAACAAGAUUUUCUUUGAGGACAAAGGAAGAAAAUUGGUUCUGAGACUGUGGGACUAUUUGUGACUUCUCACUGACAGUUGGAGUUUUUGCCAAGUGCUGAUGAGACUGAGAGAUGGGUCUAAGAGAUGUUCAUUUCAGCUGUUGCAUGCUGUAGAUGCAUCUGCUGUGCUUAGUCAUCUGUUAGAAAAAGAUAGGUACUUUGUGAUUGUAUGAGAUGAUACAAGCUCCUAAAUUGAGGUGCCAUGCUGGAAUGCUCAGUCUCUUUGUAAUGUGAGUUAAUUUUCACAACAGGAUGCAUGUCAUGUGUUGAAAAAAACCUGUGUAUUUGUGAGACUACAAUGAUAAUGCUGAAAUGUGUAUGAAAGGCUGGGGUUUGAAAGACACUUGAGUGGCCUGAAGUUCAGUGGGCUGCUUAUAAGGGAAAUCUGGUCAGUAGCUGAGUUAUCUUGGUUCUCCAUUUGAUACCAAUAAAUAAAACAACACAUCACAUGCUG